AUGGACCUCCCUAUCCCCGACGAUGUCCAGAGGCUAUGGGAGGCAUGGAAUUUCCGGGUCUGUAUUAUCUUAAGCCUCUUACUGCAGGCGCUUCUAGUUUUAGCGUCGCCCUGCAGAAAGCGGACGAGAAGCAAAUUGCUACUCGUGUUCAUAUGGCUGGCAUACUUAAUUGCCGACUGGAUUGCUGCUUUUGCCAUUGGACUCGUCUCCAAAAGCCAAGAUGGCGCUUGUGAAUCAAAAGGGAGAGAGGACCUCAUGGCAUUCUGGGCUUCCUUUCUUUUGCUGCAUCUUGGCGGCCCUGAUACCAUUACUUCGUUUUCUCUUGAGGAUAAUGAGUUCUGGCUCAGGCACUUGAUUGGGCUUACAUUACAGGUUCUGGCAACUGCUUAUAUCUUCUAUCAGUCGCUUUCUGAUCAGAGCAAGCUAUGGGUUCCCACUACAAUGGUGUUUGUUGUGGGAACUAUCAAGUACGCAGAGCGGACGCGUGCUCUCUAUCUUGCGAGCUUGAGCCAAUUCGGAGGUUCAGUAUUGCCGAAGCCAGAACCUGGGCCUGACUAUGAAGAAGCCAUGGAGAUUUACUCUUCUAUGAGGUCAGUCCAGGUCAAGGCUGAGGCAUCACAUGUGGAGGUGAUGCCAAUUACCCCGGAGGUUUGGAAUCCUGUGGGUUCUAUGUCGCCAUUAGAUCUAGACGACAUGCAAUUACUGGAAGAAGCAUAUCGCCUCUUCGGAAUCUUCAAGGGGCUUAUUGCAGGCCUCCUAUUGAGCUCCAAAGACCGAGAAUUGAGCCGAGAUUUUUUUCUCACUAGAACUGCGACUGACGCAUUCAGACUAGUGGAGCGUGAGCUUAAUUUCAUAAAUGAGGUUCUCCACACCAAGGUCAAUGUUGUUCGUUGCCAAACUGGCUACAUUCUCCGCUUUGUUAGCUUUAUUUUAAUCCUAGGAGCAUUAAUGGCAGUUUCAAUUGAGGAGGCCAAGCAGACUGUUUUUCGUAAUAAGUUCGAUGGCAGACUUACUUACGCCUUGCUCAUUGGGGCAUUAGGCCUCGAGGCCAUAUCCGUCUUCAUGCUUAUUUUUUCUGACAGGACCCUCGUUGCCCUGAAGAGAUCGAGUAGCCGGCGAAAAAAAUUCAUUCUUCUAGGAAUCAACUUGAAAAGAAGAAGGUGGUCUAGAUCUGUUUCCCAGUAUGAUAUGAUAAGCUAUUGCUUGAAUGAUCCUCCAAAAUGGAUGUACAAUUUGGUUGGUUGUGUGGGUGCUGGCGUAAUUCUAGAGAAGAUAACAAUCUUGCGUUUUUCACAUUCACUGACGGUCAGCGAACAGCUGAAGGAGUUCAUUUUCGAUCAGCUGAGAAUGAAAUCCCUGACUGCAAACAACUUGAGAGCUGCCAUGGAUGCAUGUUCGCAAAGAGGUGCUUGGGCUCUUCUGCACACUUCUAGAGAUAUCUAUUUCAAACUAAAAUGGAGCAUCGUGGAGUAUCAAUACGCGGAAAGCCUUCUCCUCUGGCACUUGGCUACCGACCUCUGCUAUCUCAAGGAAACCGAAACCGAAUCUAGUGCUGAAGUGUACGAUAGAAGAAAAAUAUGCAAACUACUUUCAGAUUAUAUGUUUUAUCUUCUUGUCAUGAAGCCUGAUCUGAUGACCCCUGUGCUGGGUAAUUGGCAAAUAGUCCUCCAGGACACUUGUGAAGAAGCCAAGAGAUUCUUUUGCAAAAAACCACCAAUAUCGAAUAAAUUUGAAGCCUGUGAAAAAAUCCUUGGAGUGGAAACGAAAUUCAGACCAGCUGCUGUGAAGGGAAAUAAAAGCAAAUCUGUGCUGUUUGAUGCAUGUAUGCUGGCACAAGAACUCUUGAAGUUGGAGAUAAACAAAUGGAAGCUAAUGAGCCAAGUUUGGGUGGAAUUGAUGUCUUACGCUGCCAUUAAUUGUAGACCAAAUGUACAUGCACAGCAACCCAGCCGGGGUGGGGAACUCUUGACAUUCAUUUGGUUACUGAUGAAUCAUCUAGGCUUGGGAACGCAGUUCUACGAGCAGGAACGCCAAGCUGGAACGAAAAUGGUCCCCCAGAAGUAG